CCCACUACAUACAACCACUCUCUCUGUCUCUCUCAAAAAAUUAUUGGUUAAUUAUAAUUCUAAGACUCAAGCCAAUUAUAAAUUCUGACCAAUCAAUAACUUCUCCUCAAUCUCUCCCUCCUAUAUAUAUAUCUCCCAAAAUUACACCCCUUGUAAUUUCAUACUCUCUCUCUCUCUCUGAAACACUCUUUGUUUCUGUCUCUAAAGCACACAUUCUCUCUCUAGGUUGUAGUAGUAGACCUCCUUCCUGGAAUCGAUCAGCAGAAGCAGAGUCGCAGCAGAACGGUAGCUGCAGAAGACAUAUCCCCCUUCAGUUAGUUACAUAACGGUUUUUUUUCCUCCCCAUUUUGCCCUUCUAUCCUGAUCCAAUUUCCACUCAAAUGCCAUUGAUCUGAAACUGAAACAAAGAAAAAAAUAAAUAAAUAAAUAACCAAUUUCACUUUUAUCAGCCUCUGAAACCACCAUGAUCUCUUGGCACGACCUCUACACCGUCUUGACGGCGGUGGUUCCGCUCUACGUGGCGAUGAUCUUGGCCUACGGUUCCGUCCGGUGGUGGAAGAUUUUCAGCCCCGACCAGUGCUCCGGCAUCAACCGCUUCGUCGCCAUCUUUGCCGUCCCUCUCCUCUCUUUCCACUUCAUCUCCAGCAACAAUCCUUAUGCCAUGAACUUCCGAUUCAUCGCCGCCGACACUCUCCAGAAGAUCAUAAUGCUCUUUGCUCUCACCAUCUGGACCAACGUCAGCCGCAACGGCAGCCUCGACUGGAUGAUCACAAUAUUCUCUCUCUCUACACUUCCAAACACUCUUGUCAUGGGAAUCCCUCUCUUGAUCGCCAUGUACGGCGAUUACUCGGGGAAUCUCAUGGUUCAGGUCGUGGUUUUGCAGUGUAUAAUUUGGUACACUCUUCUUCUCUUCCUUUUCGAGUAUCGUGGUGCCAAAAUGCUCAUAAUGGAGCAGUUCCCGGAGACCGCUGCGUCGAUUGUUUCGUUCAAGGUCGAGUCCGACGUGGUCUCCCUCGACGGUCACGAUUUUCUCGAGACCGACGCGGAGGUCGGCUAUGACGGGAAGCUCCAUGUCACGGUGAGGAAAUCCAACGCGUCGAGGCGGUCAUUUUCGGGACUGACCCCUCGGCCGUCGAACCUCACCGGUGCCGAGAUUUACAGCUUGAGCUCGUCGAGAAACCCUACGCCGAGGGGCUCGAAUUUCAACCACUCCGAUUUCUACUCCAUGAUGGGUUUUCCCGGUGGGAGGUUAUCAAAUUUUGGUCCGGCUGACAUGUACUCAGUGCAGUCCUCGAGAGGCCCGACGCCGAGGCCGUCGAGUUUCGAUGAAAACUGCACUCAGGGAGCUCAGACAAUGAACUCCCCAAGAUUUGGGUUUUACCCCGGACAGUCAGUGCCGACUUCUUAUCCGGCACCGAAUCCCGAAAUUGCAUCUACGGUUACUAAAACGGUGAAAAACCAACCAUCACAGCCACAGACACAGACACAGACACAGAUACAGCCACAACAGCAGAUUAUUAAUCAGAGCAAAUCAAACCAUGAUGUUAAGGAGCUCCACAUGUUUGUUUGGAGUUCCAGUGCAUCACCCGUGUCGGAAGGCGGUGGGCUCCACGUGUUCGGCGGUACUGACUUCCCCGCGCCUGAGCAAUCUGGACGGUCCGAUCAUGGAGCUAAGGAAAUCAGGAUGUUGGUCGCAGAUCACCCCCAAAAUGGGGAAAACAAAGUUAUUCCGAAGAGUGAGCACUUCAGCUUUUUUGGUGGUGGUGAUGAGAGAGGAGGAGAGGAGGAGAGAGAAAAGGAGGGACCCACAGGACUCAUCAAGUUAGGGUCCAGCUCCACCACAGAACUACACCCUAAAAUGGCCGGAGUUGACGACUCUGGAAAACAAAUGCCUCCGGCAAGCGUUAUGACCCGUCUGAUCUUGAUCAUGGUUUGGCGUAAACUUAUACGAAACCCCAACACGUACUCAAGCCUCAUUGGCCUAAUUUGGUCUCUCAUUGCAUGCAGGUGGCAUGUUGCUAUGCCAAAAAUAAUAAAGGAGUCCAUUGCUAUACUAUCAAAUGCUGGUCUUGGAAUGGCUAUGUUCAGCUUAGGAUUGUUUAUGGCUCUUCAACCUAAGAUAAUUGCAUGCGGCAACUCAGUGGCAACAUUCGCGAUGGCUGUCAGGUUCCUCACCGGCCCGGCUGUGAUGGCCGCAGCUUCUAUCGCCGUUGGCCUUCGCGGGACCCUCCUCCACGUCGCCAUUGUGCAGGCCGCACUUCCUCAAGGUAUUGUUCCAUUUGUCUUUGCCAAAGAAUAUAAUGUUCAUCCUGCAAUUCUUAGCACUGCGGUAAUUUUUGGAAUGUUGAUUGCAUUGCCCAUUACUCUAGUUUACUACAUUCUUCUCGGAUUGUGAAAUUGAAAACAAAUGUAGUCGAGAACUUGAAGGGAUUUUUCAUUGUUGGACAUGCAUCUUGCUUGGAAGAAUUGAUGAUCGAUUAACGCAAAAGAGGUCAUUUUGUGAAGAAUUUAUAUAGCCUCUCAGAUAUUUGAAUCAGUAUAUUUUUUUUAGUGAAGAUCAUAUCAUAUGCGCUUAAACCUGACAUGUAUCAAGUUAUUCAAAUCCUCAAGGAAAGCAAAGAUGUCAGAAAACUCAUCUGAGCAAAAGGGAGGCAAGAGGGAGAAAAUUAAACAAGGGAAGAUCUCACUGAUUCAAAAUAUUUGUACCUAAUCUUUAGGCGUGUAAAGUUUUGUUUGAUAAUUCAUCUUCGCUGAUUAUUUAUAAUCAAAGAAGUAAUAGAGGGAUUAAGGAGGCUAUUCCUUAUAUUUUGUUCUUAGUGUUGUUUAGGUUUGUUAAUUGCCACUUAAUUACAAAUGAGUUUGGUUUGUUCUUUGUUGUUUCCAUUGACUUGUAUGUAAUUACUUCAAACUUCAAUGAUCAAAAGUGGAGAUUGUAUGUAA